GACGGCGAGUGGGUGAAGGGAGGGAGUGUAAAUAGAGUGAAGGCGACUCUGCGUCGGUCCCGCCGCCUCCGGAGUGACUGACGAGGAGCCCGGCAAGGAGAUGGAUAAAGACGAGCAAGAGCAGCGGCGCAGGAAGGUGGAGGCUGGGCGAGCCAAGCUUGCUAACUUCCGACAGAGAAAAACAAAAGGUGACGGUCCGCAUUCGAAGAAAAAGACGGCGAAGAGGAAGAGUUCGGCUGUCAAUGCGCCUGUCCCGGAGGAGAGUCCGGUAGCUACUCACAAUAGCAGGCUCCCUGGAGGAGGGAUUGUUUGCAAAAGCAAGUCAUGCAGCGACGAAUUGGAGGGGGCCAGAGGAGCAUCUGCAGCUCAGGAACAGCAAGUUGAUGAACUGGUUGAGACUGACCAGCAGGAGCAACUGCCUCUGCCACCAUCCCAGACAGCCCAUAGCCUUGAGCUAGAAGCACUGCGCCUGAGCCUGAACAACAUGCAUACAGCACAACUAGAGCUGACACAGGCCAACCUGCAGAAGGAAAAGGAAACAGCAUUGACGGAGCUGCGGGAGAUGCUUAAUGGCCGGCGAGCACAGGAACUGGCACUGCUGCAGAGCAGACAACAGUGUGAAUUGGAGCUGGUACGGGAGCAGCAUGUCCGUGAGAAGGAAGCGAUGGUGAUUCGCUAUGGGCAAGAAACAGCUGAGCUGAAGGAGAAGUUACGAUCAGAAAUGGAGAAAAACAUGCAGAUGAUAGAGACUCUGAAGCAAGACUGGGAAUCUGAAAGAGAAUUAUGCUUGGAAAAUCUACGGAAAGAAUUAUCUGCAAAGCACCAGUCAGAAAUGGAGGGUUUGCAAAACCAGUUUCAGAAGGAAUUGGCAAAACAGAGGGAUGAGUUAGAGAAGAUUUUUCAAGCCAAACAACAGGCUGAAGUUUCCCUGAAGAACCUAGAGGCUCAGCACCAAGUAGCCAUUAAGAAGUUACAAGAAGAUCUUCAGUCAGAACAUUGUCAGUAUUUAGAAGAUUUGGAAUUGAAAUUCAGAGAAAAAGAAAAAGAAAAAGAGUUGGAGUUAGAGAAUCUUCAGGCAUCCUAUGAAGAUCUGAAGGUCCAGUCACAAGAAGAAAUCAGAUGCCUGUGGUCCCAGCUUGAGUCUAUGAGAACCAAGAGAGGGGAACUGAACGGGUCAUGGGAGCCACUCCUAGCCCAAGAAUCUCACCUGGAUGAGCUAGAGCAUCUGCGGUUGGACUUUGCCCAGCAGCAACAGCAAGAGAGAGCCCUGCACGAAUCAGAACUGGAGCACCUGAGGGUCUAUUUUGAGAAGAAGUUGAAGGAUGCUGAGAAGACAUACCAGGAAGACCUGACUCUGUUCCAGCAAAGAUUGCAGGAGGCAAGGGAGGAUUCUCCCCUGGAGUCUGCAGAAACCAGUUCAUCCUGUGUAUUUCCAGAAGAGACAUCUGUCAGAGAAAGAAAGGAACAACCUGAUCAACUUGAUUUUCAACUUGAACAGCCAAAGGACAACCUGGCAUGUUUACAAACAGGACUGGAAGAAGACCCCAUGUACAAAACAGAAGCACUGAGCUCUUCCCUCAAUUUCCAACUCAACGAUGAAAAAUCAGACAGUUGCUACUUGAGGCCUGAAGAGGUAGAACGGGAGAGGCUCCCACUUGUACUUUCAGACCAGCAUAGCCAAGAGCUUGUACAGGUUCAUCUCCAGGGUUUACAGGACAUGUCUUUGGAGAUAGAUGCACUGGUGGCUGCCAGAAUCCUGUGUUUGGAAGCUGAACACAAAGUUAAACUUUCACUUCUUCAAACUGAACUCAAGGAAGAAAUUGAACUCUUAAAAAUAGAAAACAGAAAUUUACACGAGAAAUUGCAGCACGAGACCCGUCUGAAAGAGGACCUGGAAAGCGUAAAACGUAGUCUAGUUGAAGAUUACCUGGAAAAACUAAAUAAAGCUGAGGAAAAGAUCCAGCUAAUGAAACAAGAGUUCAAAAAAAAGGAAGCAGAGUGGGAACUUUCACAUAAGGACCUAAAGAGAGAAGCUGAAGAGAGAUUAACCUCCAUGCUCCUCGAGCUGAGAGAAAAGGCUGAGUCUGAGAAGCAGACCUUAAUAAACAGGUUUGAGCUUCGGGAGUCUGGCAUGAGGCACCUUCAGGACCAGCAAGCUGCCCAGAUCCUGGACCUGGAGAGAUCUCUAAUGGAGCAGCAGGGCCGCCUACGGCAGCUGGAACAAGAACUCACUGGGGAUGAGUCUCUGCCCUGUGGCCAGUGUGGCCAGGAGCCCCUUGUGGCCCAGGAUGGGGAGCACACUCUGCUCCUCCGUGAGAAGGAGGACUAUGCCCUCCAGCUGAUGUUGGCCCGGAACAGGUUUUUGGAAGAGCGUAAAGAGAUCAUGGAGAAGUUUGCCAAGGAACAAGAUACCUUCCUGCGAGAUGCCCAAGAGAAGCACUCCUGUGAGCUCCAGUUCUUGCAUCAAGAACACCAGCAGCAGCUUUUGUCUUUGAGAACAGAGCUUGAGACUAAGCACCAGUCUGAGCUUGCUGAGCAGAGGGCCUCACUGGAGAGCAAGCAGCAGGUACUCCUUGAGACUCACGUGACUGAACUUCAGGUGAAACAUGCGGCUGAAAUCAGUGCUUUGGAGAUGAGACAUUUGUCAAAUUUGGAUGCUCUGGAAUCCUGUUACCUGGCAGACAUUCAGACUAUUCGGGAUGAGCACAGAAGGGCUCUGGAGCUUUUGAGGUCAGAGCUUGAGGAACAGCUGCAGAAAAAGAACUCUACUCACAAAGAGUUUUUGACCCAGGAGUUGGAAAAACUUAAGCUGAAACAUGAUGAGGAGCUUCAGUCUGCAAAGAAUAGCCUGAGAAUUGAAAUGAGUCCUAAACAUACACAGACGCUCCAAGCCCUAGUGACUCACUUGCAAGGUGCACACCAGAAGGAACUGGCCACAGCCCGGCAUGAUCAAAGGCUAGAAGAGGAUAGGGGCACAGCCUUGGAUAGUUUGGGUGCCAAGGUAGUGCUGCCAGAGUGCCCACAUAAAGCUGUGCUGCAGGAGCUGGGAGACCCACAAACACCUGAGGAGCAGAAGCCACGAAAAGAACUGGCCAAGCCCCAGGAGCUGCAGGCAUCACAGGAACAGGCUGCACAGCUGAAAGGCCAAGUCUUAUCCCUGAGUCAGGAGAUAGAAGAGUGCCGGGCUGAGCUUGAGAGGCUGCAGCAGAGGCGUGAGAGGGAGAACCAGGAGGGUACCACUCUGAUCUGCAUGCUCAGGACUGAUGUGGACCUGUCUCAGAGUGAAGGGAAAGCACUCCGAGAUGCUCUGAGGAGGCUGCUUGGUUUGUUUGGAGAAACUCUGAAAACAGCUGUCACUCUGAAGAGCCGGAUCAGUGAACGUGUGGGACUCCUCCUGGACCGUGUUGGUGCUGCAGAUACAAGCCAGACGCCAGUAGCAGCUCCAGCCUCUGACGAUAUGUGGUCUGACAAUACUCUACUAGAGGUAGACAGAACUUUACCUGAAGGGGCAGAGAUGUCUUCGGUGUCCGAAAUUAGCAGUCAUGUAUGUGAAAGCUUUUUUAUGAGCCCUGAAAGCACACUAGAAUGUGAACAGCCGAUUAGGAGAGUAUACCAGAGCCUCGGCAUGGCUGUGAAUGGCCUUCUGGAGAUGGCCCUGGACUCCUCCAAACAGCUAGAGGAAGCACGCCAGCUCCACUGUCGUGUCGAGAAAGAGUUCCGUCAUAAGAAUGAGGAGAUGGCACAAACUCUGCAGAAGCAGCAAGAGCUGCUGGAACAUCUGAUGGAAGAAAAUACAGCCAAGGCUGAGCUGGCACUGGAGUUACACACAGCUGAGGGCCUCCUUGAAGGAUUCAAGGUGGAGAAAGCAGAUCUGCAGGAGGCACUGGGCCAAAAGGAAGAGUCAGAGCAACAGCUAGUCCUGGAGUUAGAGAACCUGCGGCAGCAGCUGCAACAAGCAGCCCAGGAGUUGGUUACCCUGAGGGAGGAGAAUUCUAUCUUGUGGAACCAGAAGGAAACUUUCACUAAUGAAGCAGAAGCAAGAGAAGCUGCACUACGGAAGGAAGUGGAAUCUCUAACCAGAGACCAGUGGGAGACCAAGAAGCAGUCUGAGAAGGACCGUGCCACUCUGCUCUCUCAAAUGCACAUCUUAGAGUCUGAGUUGGAGGAACAACUUUUGCAGCACCAGGGCUGUGGCAAGCUGGCUGAGGAAGUGACUACCCUGAAGCAGCAACUGGCUGCCCUAGACAAGCAUUUGCGUAGCCAGCGUCAGUUCAUGGAUGAGCAGGCGGCUGAGCGUGAGCACGAACGUGAUGAGUUCCAGCAGGAGAUUCAGAGGUUGGAGGGGCAGCUUCGUCAAACAUCCAGGCCACGGCCUCCUGGUCCCCAUGAUAGCCAGUGUGCACAGCUGGAUGAGGCGAUGGAACUGUUAGAAGAAAAACUGAGAGAAAGGCUAGAUGGAUUUAAUGAAUUGGUCAUAAAGAAAGAUUUUGCAGAUCAACAAUUGUUAAUCCAGGAAGAAGAAAUUAAACGUCUUGAGGAGACAAAUGUCAACAUACAAAGACAAAUGGCCCAGCUCCAGGAAGAACUGGAAAAACAGAAAAAAACUGUGAAGGAAUUACAAGAUGAAGAGGCACUAAAGGGACAGCAGAUGAGUGACUUACUGCUAACACCUAUAUCACAGCCUAAGCUUGAUGAAACUGGAGGCCCCAUGCUUUCUCAGGAUAGCUCUUUCAGGGGUCCAGAAGCCCAACUAGAUGUGACACAGAGGACGCUCCUUCAUCCCGAGAAUGAGGCUGUGUACAGUAGAAGCUCUGAGAUUGAAGAACUGAAAGCCAUUAUUGAAAAUUUGCAAGAAAACCAAGAACAGUUACAAAAGGAUAAAACAGAAGAAAUUGAACAGCUCCACGAAGUCAUUGAGAAAUUGCAGAGUGAGCUGACUCGCAUUGGCCCUGUGGUGCAUGAACUCAGUGACCAUCGGCCUGGCAGUCUCCACAAUGAACUGUACUGCUUCCAGGCAGAAAGUCUGGGUGGACAGGCACUACAGAAUGAACUGGAAGCUGCACUUGCAGCCAAAGACGCCUUGGGUCAGCUUUUGACUAACCAGGCACAUGGGCACAACCAGGCCCUGGAGGCACUGCAGCAGCGCCUGCAAGAUGCAGAGGAGGCUGCUGCACAGCGCCUGGCUGAGCUAGAACACUGUGUGGCCCUCAGGGAGGCUGAGGUUGAGGGCAUGGCUUCCCGGAUCCAGGAGUUUGAAGCUGUUCUGAAGACAAAGGAAGCAAUCAUUAUGCAGAGAGAUUUAGAAAUUGAUACCAUGAACAAGAAGAAAGUGGCCCAUUCCCUUGAGCUGGAGGCCAUCCUUUUAGCUUUGGUGCGUUUCCGCCAUGCCCUAGAGCAGCAGACUGUGGCUACCCCAAAUGAACCUCCAGAACUACAGCAGCUGCGAGUGCAGUGUGUUCGCCUCAGCCGCCAGCUACAGGUGUUACAUCAGCGGUUCCUGACAUGCCAGAUGGAGCUGGACCAGCAACAAGCUCUUUUUGUCCCUGGUGGCUGUCCAUACCCUUGUGCAGAUAUACAGGCCAAAUGUGAUGAUCAGUUGCAACAGGGCACUGUCAGCAGGGGACAGACCUUGACUCCCAAUGGCCAGUGUCCACAGGAUGAUCUACAGUCUGCUAAAGUCCUUGUAACACUAAAGGAUCCCUGUCUUCACAAGGCUGAAAGUAUGAUGACGGUCCUCGCAGUCUGUCAGAGGCGGCUGGAGGCAGAGAUGCUCUUAGUGAAAAAUGAAAUGUGCUGGAGCAUGGAGGAUGGCAGCAGGGUUCCUGAAGGGAUACAGGGUGAGGAAAAGCAACCAGAAGCUUGUCAACUGCACAGUGUCAAUCUCAUAGCUCAAGUGAAACAACUGCAGGAAAAAAUGAACCACCUUGUGCAUUCUAUGUCCUUCCAGGACACCAACACUGAAGAUCUUAAGUUCCAGCAGCCAAACCUGUCAGAAAAUGUUUUAAGUAAUUGUUCCCAUAAUGCUGAAGAAACAGACCUUUUACCUCCUGUUAAUGUAUUUAAUAUUGCUCAAACCACAUGGGAUGUAAUUGAUGUUACCGAAAAUCAGGAUUCUUUGAUCCAAAAUGAAACGCCAGAUUUUCCCACUCAAGCAAAGUUAACGUCACAGCAUGGGACUCUUUCCUCACAAACCAGUGUGCACAGUGGUUCCCUUUACACUGAGAAGGCUGAGCCCCAGAAGGACCCAAUGAGGGCAUUGGACUUGUCUUCCUGGAGCUCCCCCGAGGUCCUCCGGAAGGACUCAGCUUUUGAGCCCCAGCCCAGCCUCUCCCUGACACCCUGCACGGGCACAGUGAGCUUGCACAGUGCCGACACCUCCCCACAAGACUGGACAGAUUCAUUGCUGCGGGCUGAUACAUCGGGGCUGCUUUGUUACCCGGGCAAGUCAACAGGACAGGACCCACUGUGGGUGGUGGCUCCUUCAGUUGAGUACUGCCAUGUGGAAAGGACAGCUGUGGAGAAGGACGUCGAAGACUUUAUCAUAUCAUCUUUUGAUUCUCAAGAACCAUUAAGAUCCCCUCCUCCUGAAAUAGAAGGAAGAAGUGAUGGGAGCAGGAAAAGUGAUGACCCAGGCAUUGGUGCAGUGCUCACCCUGGAUUCAGGAGGACCCGAGGCUCCCACUGCCCGUCUUAAGGCUGCCACUGCUGCUCCUGUCUCCGGAGGGUUUGUCCAUCCACCAGGAGCAAUGAAGGACAAGGAAGUCCAUGCAGGAGGGUUUGUCCAGCCACCAGGAGCAAUGAAGGACAAGGAAGUCCAUGCAAAGCACAUGAAGACAUUGCUGCAAAUGGUGUUGGAUGAGGGCCGCCAGAUACUGGCCUUGUCAGAGAGCCAGGACCUCCCUAGUACUCUGAGCAAGGGUGAACCACGUGACCCCCUGGAUGGCUUCCCAAGGGACAGACAGGCUCCGUUGGAGGUGACUACUGACAGAGGGGAGAAGGAGCCUUCUGACAUGCACCUAACAUGCAGUGAAGAGGUUCUGUGGGCCAUACAAGAGGUAUUUGCCAGAGAGCAGGAAAAUGCUGAGCUGCAACCUAGACCCUGUGGUUCAGAUGUAGGCAAUUAUAGUUCCUUAUUCAAGAGGCUGGAGAAGGUUAUUCAAGAACAGGGAGAUUUGCAGAAAGCCCAGGAGCAGCUGUGCCUACCAGACAGACACAGCCUGCUGUCUGAAAUCCAGGCUCUACGUGCUCAGCUUCGGAUGACACACCUGCAGAACCAAGAGAAGCUGCAGCAAUUGUGUGCGGCACUGACAAGUGCAGAGGCCCAUGGAAGCCAGCGGGAGCACCAGUUGCGAAAGCAAGUUGAACUAUUAGCAUAUAAAGUUGAACAGGAAAAGUGCAUAGCUAGCGACUUACAGAAAACCCUGAAUAAAGAACAAGAGAAAGCAAGUGAUGUACGGAAGCGCCUGGUGGUAGAACAGAGUGCACUACAGAAUUUGAAGUCAGAGCUGCAAGAGUGUAAGCAGGAGAACACAAGGCUACUGGAGUCCCUCAACAAGGUGCAACAGGAAGUCCUGCGGCUCAGAGCCAUGCUGGAUGGGAAGGAGAAUGAACUGAAGGUUGCACUUGAAGAGCUAGAGUGUGAGCGUGGAAAGGAGCGAGCCCUCCAGGCCCAGCAGGAGGAGGAGCAGUUGCGGCAUCUGCAGAGGGAGGGUCAGAGCUCCAGGGCCCUGGAGGAAUUGAAAAUAUCUUUGGAGAAGUUGCGUGCUCAAAAUAAUCAACUGUGUGUUGCAUUAAAACACGAGCGUGUGACAAAGGACAACCUGCAGAAGGAGCUGCAGAUAGAGUCUUCCCGCUGCGAAGCCUUGUUGGCACAGGAGCAGAGCCAGCUUUCUGAGCUGCAAAGGAGCCUGGAGGCUGAGAAGAACCGCUCACUGGAGCUGUCAGAAGCCUUACAGCACGAGCGGCUCUUGACUGAGCAGCUGAGCCGCAAUGCACAGGAGGCCUGUGUCCGCCAAGAGACACAAGUGCAGCAUGCUUUGUUGCGAAAGCUGAAAGCAGAGAAGGCCCAUGCUUUGGAACUGCAAGCCAUGCUUGAAAAGAUGCAGCAGCAGGCUGCACAUGCACAGCAGCAACUGGAAGCCCAGGCUCAGGAGCGCUGCGUAGAACUCAGGCGAGACAAAGAGAGAGAACUAGAAUUACAGUGCCAGCGUGAUGAGCAUAAAAUCGAGCAGCUUCAGCGGAAGGUGAGAGAGCUGAGGUGGAAAGAGGAGGUGCCUUGGAGUGAUGUCCCUUGCCGGGGUUCCCCACGCCUGGCAUCUCUGGAGGUGGACCGUGUCCGGGAACAACAACAGGAAUUGGAGAAGAUACGGCAGCAGCUGCUAUGUGCAGCUGGGCUCCUGACCAGCUUCACCAACCACACUGUGGACAGGACAAUUAAAGAUUGGACAUCGUCAAAUGAGAAGGCAAUGUUAUCCUUAAUGCGUACUCUCGAAGAACUGAAGUCUGAGCUGAGCAUGCCCACCUCCUCUCAGAAAAAAAUGGCUGCAGAACUACAAGUCCAGCUUGUGGAUGAGCUGCUGAGAGAUAAUGAUUCUCUUACAAAAGCAGUCAGUACAGCAGCCCGAGAGAAAACAGAGCUGUGCAGGGCUAUGUCACGGCUUGAGAAGACUCUGAAGUACCAUACACAGAAGGGCUGCAACCUCAGUAGGCCUGGCAAGUCUGCGUGGAAACAAGAUAUGACAGUUUUGAACAGUUCUCCACAACACUCAGACCCAGGGUGGUGCACACCAACUACAAGUGGAGAAGCAAAUACCUGCAAUAUCAAAAUGGAAAAGCUGUACCUGCAUUAUCUGAGAGCAGAGAGCUUCAGAAAAGCUCUGAUUUAUCAGAAGAAGUAUCUUUUAUUGCUAAUCGGUGGAUUCCAGGAUUCUGAACAAGAAACACUCUCUAUGAUUGCUCAUUUGGGGGUAUUUCCUUCUAAAGCAGAUAAGAAAAUUACCACAUCACGUCCUUUUACCAAGUUCCGCACUGCUGUUAGGGUAGUCAUCGCAGUAUUGAGAUUGCGUUUUUUGGUUAAGAAAUGGCAAGAAGUGGAUCGGAAAGGAGCUCUAGCCCAAAGCAGAAGCACCCGCCCAGGGCGUCGAGUGCCACGGCGGCAGCAGUCUCCAGAAACCAGAGCGUCCCUGCCAACCCCAGACUUGCCUUCAGGCUACAUCAAGGACUCUCAGCACAGCCCCAGAUCUGCAGCAGCAGUCUCCCUGAGCAAGGCAGAAAGAUCAACUUCAUCACCAAAUUCAAGAUUAGAAAGAUCGUUGACUGCUUCUCAUGAUCCAGAACAUUCCUUGACAGAAUAUAUUCAUCAUUUAGAAAUGAUCCAGCAAAGACUUGCAGGAGUACCACCAGAUUCUACUCAGAAAUCUACUCAGAAAUCCAGCCACCAGAAGAUUAAGCAAUGAAUAAAGUCCUGUGGCCCCUAACCUUU